AUGGAUCAAGAUAAGGACGAGGAGGUCGCUUACCAGGGGAUCGCGGGGCUGGGGGACGUGGCCGAGGUGCGCAAGAGCUUCAACCGCCACCUCCACUUCACCCUCGUCAAGGACCGCAACGUCGCCACCCCCCGCGACUACUACUUCGCGCUGGCCCACACGGUGCGCGACCACCUGGUCGGGCGCUGGAUCCGCACCCAGCAGCACUACUACGAGCGGGACCCCAAGCGCAUUUACUACCUGUCCCUGGAGUUCUACAUGGGCCGCACCCUGCAGAACACCAUGGUGAACCUGGGCCUGCAGAACGCCUGCGACGAAGCCAUUUACCAGCUGGGUUUGGACUUGGAGGAGCUGGAAGAAAUCGAAGAAGAUGCUGGGCUGGGAAACGGAGGCCUGGGCCGCCUGGCAGCUUGCUUCCUGGACUCCAUGGCCACGCUGGGGCUGGCGGCUUAUGGUUACGGCAUCCGCUACGAGUUCGGUAUCUUCAAUCAGAAGAUCGUCGACGGCUGGCAGGUGGAGGAGGCCGAUGACUGGCUGCGCUACGGCAAUCCCUGGGAGAAAGCUCGCCCAGAGUACAUGCUCCCCGUGCACUUCUACGGCCGCGUGGAUCACACCCCCGAGGGCGUGAAGUGGAUCGACACCCAGGUUGUCCUUGCUAUGCCUUACGACACGCCAGUGCCCGGGUACAAGAACAACACUGUGAACACCAUGAGGCUGUGGUCUGCAAAAGCACCCAAUGACUUCAACCUCCAAGAGUUCAACGUGGGUGACUACAUUGAGGCGGUGUUGGACAGAAACCUGGCAGAAAACAUAUCCAGAGUCCUGUACCCAAAUGACAACUUCUUUGAAGGCAAGGAGCUGCGGCUGAAACAGGAGUACUUUGUGGUGGCUGCUACCCUCCAAGACAUCAUCCGCCGCUUUAAGUCCUCCAAAUUUGGCUGUCGAGACCCUGUGAGAACAUGCUUUGAAACCUUCCCAGACAAGGUGGCUAUUCAGCUAAAUGACACCCACCCCGCCCUGUCCAUCCCAGAGCUCAUGCGGAUCCUGGUGGAUGUGGAGAAGGUGGAUUGGGACAAGGCCUGGGAGAUCACGAAACGGACCUGUGCCUACACCAACCACACGGUGCUGCCUGAAGCCCUGGAGCGCUGGCCGGUCUCCAUGUUUGAAAAGCUGCUGCCGCGUCACCUCGACAUCAUUUACGCCCUCAACCAAAUGCAUCUGGACCGGGUGGCAGCUCUCUACCCAGGGGACGUUGACCGUCUCCGGAGGAUGUCGGUGAUCGAGGAAGGAGACUGCAAACGUAUUAACAUGGCGCACCUCUGUGUGAUUGGCUCCCAUGCAGUCAACGGCGUGGCCCGCAUCCACUCGGACAUUGUGAAGAAUUCAGUGUUCAAGGAUUUCUAUGAGCUGGAGCCGGAGAAGUUUCAGAACAAGACAAACGGGAUCACACCGAGGCGCUGGCUCCUGCUGUGCAACCCGGGACUGGCCGACGUUAUUGCUGAGAAAAUCGGGGAAGACUUUAUCACGGAUCUGAGCCAGCUGAAGAAGCUACUGGAUUACAUCAAUAACGAGGCUUUUAUCAGGGAUGUGGCAAAAGUCAAACAGGAGAACAAGCUGAAGUUUGCAGCCUACCUGGAGGAGCAGUACAAGGUCAAGAUCAACCCUUCGUCCAUGUUUGAUGUUCAGGUCAAGCGAAUCCAUGAGUACAAGCGGCAACUGUUGAACUGCCUGCAUGCUGUCACCCUCUACAACCGCAUCAGAAGUGAUCCAUCCAAAUCCUUUGUGCCCAGGACUAUUAUGAUCGGAGGAAAGGCAGCCCCUGGUUACCACAUGGCCAAGAUGAUCAUCAAACUCAUCACGUCCAUCGGUGAGGUCGUCAACAACGAUCCCUAUGUGGGGGACAGGCUCAAGGUCAUCUUCCUGGAGAACUAUCGGGUAUCCUUGGCUGAGAAAGUGAUCCCGGCGGCAGAUCUCUCCCAGCAGAUCUCCACAGCCGGCACGGAGGCCUCGGGCACCGGCAACAUGAAGUUCAUGGUGAACGGGGCCCUCACCAUUGGUACCAUGGAUGGGGCCAACGUGGAGAUGGCUGAGGAGGCAGGCGAAGAAAACCUCUUCAUCUUUGGCAUGCGGGUGGAGGAUGUGGAGGCCCUGGAUCGCCAAGGGUACAACGCCCGGGAGUACUACGAGCGGCUGCCGGAGCUGCGGCAGGCCAUCGACCAGAUCAGCAGCGGGUUUUUCUCCCCUCGAGACCCUGGUUGCUUCAAGGACGUUGUCAACAUGCUCAUGUACCACGACAGGUUUAAGGUGUUCGCCGACUACGAGGCCUACAUUAAAUGCCAAGGCCAGGUGGACCAGCUGUUCAUGGACCCCCGCGAGUGGACCAAGAAAGUCAUCAGGAACAUUGCAUGCUCGGGCAAGUUCUCCAGUGACAGGACCAUCAUGGAGUAUGCCCGGGAGAUCUGGGGCGUGGAGCCAUCUGCCACAAAAAUCCCCCCACCCAACCUCCCCCGGGACUGAUGCAAGCACAGGGGGAAGGAAGGAGGGAUGGCUUCCCAGCCCGGGAGGCCUCACCUGCACUUCACCACCAGUCAGAUGGGCUCAGCUCUGCAGAAGCAAGGCCUUUCCCGCAGGAGGGCAGAAGGAUGCACUGAGGAGGAGCCCUGACUGGGGAACAGAAGCUGGGGGAGAGGAGAAAGGACUCUGUGUCUAUACCCAUGUAUCCAGCCUGCAUGUGCUGCGUAAUGCUUUUAGUGAGAUGUCCACGGAUAAGUCUUCCACAGCUGUGCUCCAUACUUAACGAUGCCUUUCCAACUAAAUCCUCCCCCCUCCUUCUGCAUGCAUGCUGGCCUGGCCUCCUUG